UCUUUACCGAAAUAAUUGCACCGAAUGGCCAUAUUCAUGUGAUUUAAUCAUAAAAGGAGCAAUCAGCAAGGAGAACUGCUGUUUUCUUCGUUUCAAGUGCCGGUUAUAAAGAAAACCUUUUUUACAUUGUGCCAAAAGGAUGAGUGAAGUUACCGUUUUGCAGGAUGGUUAUUCGUACCAAAACAGCAGUAGUGAAACGAUUGCAAAUUGCACGUGUUCCUUAAUAACAGGAGUUCAUAACAUAAUUGUCGAUACAAUGACACCAUGGGAUUCAGAAAAAAUUCUUCAGUCAUUAGAGAAGCACAAAUUAACUUGCGAUAAAAUAAAUUAUGUCAUUUCAACUCAUGGACAUUCUGAUCAUACUGGUAAUAACAAUCUCUUUCUUAAGGCAACCCACAUAGUGGGAUGGAACAUUUCUUUUAAAGACAAAUAUUAUAUUCACCCAUUUGAGAAAGGGAAUGAAUACAUUAUAAAUGAAUUUGUGAAAGUUGUUCCUACUCCUGGUCAUACCAUGUCUGAUGUUACAGUCCUAGUAAAGUCUAAGGAUGAGAUUGUAGCUAUAGUUGGUGAUUUAUUUGAAAAACAAGAAGAUAUUUUGAACCAGAAUAUUUGGAUGAGUGUUGGUUCUGAAGAUCCUAUACAACAGGCUAAAAAUAGAGCCAAGAUUGCUGAUGUAGCAGAUUGGAUUAUUCCAGGUCAUGGGCCAAUGUUUAAAGUGACAAAUGAAAUAAGGAUAGAAUUAAAAGAUCAAAUUCUUUAGAUGAGUACAAUAUCUCUUAAUACUUUGAUCUCUAUUAGUGGCUUGGAAUUAUUUAUUUCCGACAUAUAAAAAAAUAAAACUUAGUAUUCUCAAUAUUGCUAAAGGAAUUUUACGCUGUACAGGGAAAUGUUAAGGAUGGGUAUGUUUUAAUAGUAUAAAUUACAAAGAGAAGUAAUUUCUGAAUAAAAUUUUAUUAAAUAUUACAAAUUUUUUCCUAGAAAUUUUGGUGACCAAGAAUUGUCUCAUACAUGACAAUCAAGUCUAUGGACAAGAGAAAAGCUAUAUUACAUUGUAAAAAAAGUGAUAGGUUUAUGGUAAAUUAAUGAAAACUACUUAUAGAUAUACAUAUAUGAGAAUUAUGUUUUUCAAGAUUUAAGACAAUUACAUUUAUAAACAAUGUACUAGUAGUAAUGUUGUAAAAUAAAACUAUUUGUACAUCCAAUCUAAUGAAAUAUGUAAAGAUAGUGCAAAUGUCUGUUACUACUGUUCUAUAAUAUAGAAACAACUUCAAUUCAAAAUAACUCAAAUUGGAGUACAUUUAAACAGCGACUUUAUAAACUAAAUAUCACAUGAAUCAAAAAUAAAUACAGCAGUGCUGAAUAUACAACCUUUUUGUCAUUUGGAAACCCAUUGCAUU